AAGGGUGUUUAACUCAGAAAUCACUGAGUUAAAGCUGAUCGAAAGUCCAGAGGUAGCAUUUUUUUUAUUGACAGCUGCACGAGUUAUUAUAGCUAGGAAGUGGAAGGGGCAAGGUGAAUAUAAAAUGGAAGAAUGGUAUAAAGAGGUGUGGGAUAUAGCUAAGAUGGGGAAUAUCCAGUAGAAAUGAUUUUGAGGAGAUACGGAAGGUGUUUGUAGAAUUUGUACUGUUAAAAUGGAAAGGGGUCAAACCAUUGCAAGAGGUGUUGCAAUUUUUGGAGGUUGGACAGUUACAAUGGAAUAGUCUUGAGGGUGGGGCUGCACAUUUUUAUACUUAUUUAUUUAUGAUUAUUACUUUGUCAAAAUAUUUUUUUUAAAAAAAGAAACAACAAUAAUGCAACCUGACACAUCUGCUCAGAAGCAAGCCACCCAGCGGAGCUUACUCCCAGGAAAAUGGGGAAUAUGCAGGAGAAAUGAUUUUGAGGAGAUACGGAAGGUGUUUGCAGAAUUUGUACUGUUAAAAAGGAAAGGGGGUCAAACCAUCGCAAGAGGUGUUGACAUUUUGGGAGCCGGGAUAGUUACAAUGCAAUGGUCUCGGGGAUGGGGUGCACGUUUUUAUUCUUAUUUAUUUAUGAUUACCUCACACCCGUCUGCUCAGAAGCAAGCCACCCAACGGGGCUUACUCCCAGGUAAAUGGGCCUAGCCCAAUAAACUUGCUUCCAUUACUUUUGCCCUAAACGCGGAGAUUAAGUAGUAAAUUCCUCCACAAAGCCGUCGAAGACGCUCGCCCGUUUUAAAUGCCCAAGCGGAACCUUCCGGCUCCGCCGCGCCGGAAAACUGUUCGGGGAGGGGACGGACCCAUUUCCGCGACGGACCGGAAGCGCCCGCUCCGAUCACGUCACCGGGUUGGCCCAUCGAGUGAGGGUUGCCGUGACAGCGGCGGACUCUCGUUGCUUGAAGCGGGAGGCUGGUCGCUCGCUCGCUCGCUUGGCCGGCCUCGCCGUGUCCUCCGGUGUCUUUCGACCAGGCCUCUCCUCCCGCCUCAGGUGGCUUCAUGGAGCGGGCCGCCGCUAUGACGGACAUGUACGACCAGGCGCUGCUGGGCAUCUUGCAGCAUGUGGGGAACGUCCAGGAGUUCCUGAACAUCCUCUUCGGCUUCUUGUACCGAAAGACCGACUUCUACCGGCUCCUGGUGCAGCCGGCCGACCGGCUCGGCUUCCCUCCGGGGGUGGCCAAGUGCAUGGCGCUACGGGCUUUCAAAAACUUUGAACACCUGGCCCGCCAAGAUGAUGACAGAAGACAGCAAGAACUUCAGGAAAAAGUGAAGAAAAGAGAGGAGGACAUGGCAAGUGCAGGAGAGAGAGUGAAGGUGGUGCCAGCUGUAGCUGAGGAGGUUGAGAUCAGUGCAGCAGCGGGUGAUGACUCUGUAUCAGAGGGUGGAAAGGCUACAGAGUCACAGGAGCCCGUGGCAGUGGAGGAGAAAGUAGAUGCACAAGCCGCCAAUGCAGCCGUGGAGCCACCGGUGGCUGUUGCUGCCCCCUUAGAAAGUCAGCCAGCAGAGCUGCCCAGGAAACAGGAGCAGUUCCAGGCAAAUCCUGACAGUUAUAACGGAGCAGUGCGGGAGAAUUACGCCUGGUCCCAAGACUACAGUGACCUGGAGAUCAAAGUCCCUGUGCCCAAGCACAUUCUGAAAGGCAAGCAGGUUUCUGUGAACAUCGGUAGUAGUUCAAUUUCCGUGGCUGUGGUAGAGGGAAGUGGGCCACGUGUGCUCAUGGAAGGCACCCUCACUCACAAGAUCAACACAGAGAACUCUGUCUGGAGUCUGGAACCAGGAAAGUGUAUCCUUAUUAACCUGAGCAAAGUAGGUGAAUACUGGUGGAGUGCCAUCUUGGAAGGAGAAGAGCAGAUUGACAUUGGUAAAAUCAAUAAAGAACGUUCAAUGGCUACAGUGGAUGAAGAAGAGCAUGCUGUGCUGGACAGGCUAUCCUUUGACUACCACCAAAAGCUGCAGGGAAAGCCACAGAGCCAUGAGAUGAAAGUCCACGAGAUGCUCAAGAAGGGCUGGGAUGCUGAAGGCUCCCCGUUCCGAGGCCAGAAGUUUGAUCCCUCCAUGUUCAACAUCUCUCCUGGCGCAGUGCACUUUUGAUGAUGGCACCGAGGAUGGGAGAGUCGCCUACCUGCCGGGGGGAGUAGGAUGAAACUGAUGCCACUGCCACACUCCUCCCCUCCUGCCAGCAAUUUCAAUCAGCCCCUUUGUCCCUGCCUUGUUAUCUGGGCUUGUUUGCAAAAUGACAAAGGACUUCAAAAUAGCCAGAAUGUGGGUUUGCUUUUGGGGAGGGGGGAGAGGGAAGUGCAAUGUUGAGCGAGUCCUUCCCUCCAGCACCAGGUUGGUGCAUUUGAUAUGUAUGUGGGGGAAGCCUAGCAAAAAGCAGCCUUAAACCGUACUGUGUCACCACGGCAACCAGCAGCUGCUGGUAGCAUUUCCUCUUCUCUCUUGUUAAUGGAUUGCUUUGGGGAGGGGGGGGUUGAUUGAAGGCAGGAUCUCCUCCCCACCUCUUUUUCAGAAAUACAUGCAGUUUGGCCAAAUGAUGGCGAGAUUCUCUCCUGUUUCUUUGAAGCUGUCUUCUGUCCCUGGUUCCAUCUUUCAGGAAACCCAAUCUCCUAAUGGCACGAGGCAGCACAGCCUCCUUUAAACACCAGCAAUCUGCAAUCAGUGUCAUUUUAGUCGUAUCUUAAUUGCUAGGUUUGGUCCUUGAGGCCCUGGCAGUGGGAGGUAAAUGUUGCAGGCUCAGACUAAUAGCUGAAAAGGAGCCAGAACAGAAGGUGACACUUGAUAGCUGUAUCUUUACUGUAGAUCUCUGGUGGUCUGUGACGCUUUGGCAUUGAAUUUGAAAAAUAAGGGAGGGGGGGCAGACUUCUCCUGAUUGCAGUAACUGGAUGACUUGGUGCUCAGAGAGCGGCAGUUCUCUGUGAGUCUCAGUCUGUUCUUAGUUUUAUUCAAAAGUGUUUGAUAUUAAGCUUCAGAGUGUGAACAUUAGUUUAUCUCCCUCCCUCCUCUCAUAGGGCCAAACUAGCUGAUACAGCAAGUGUGGAAUUGUAUUUAAUUAUCUGACUUUUUUUCAAAACAACAACAACAAUAACAGAUCUGUUUAUGGAAAAUCAGGACCACAGGGUGAGGUUUAACCUCCCCCUGCGCACUGCAGUCCUGACAGUCUGCCCCCCCCCCCAGCUAUUUUCAUCAGAAAAUAUAUAUGCUAUGGUUGCCAAUGUAGCUUUCCUUUUAGGUGGGGGCAGCAGGGUGGGGGUGGGUUUGAUGGGACAAUAGCAUUGGAAGAAAGGGCUAAACUUAUCUGACAGCUCAUGACUGCAGAUAGCAAUGACUUGGCCCAUCUCAGCAGGUUAUCUGAAUCUAUGAGCACAUUUAGUACGAUAGUGGCUCUUCCCCUAAAUUCUGCUUCAGGGGAGGCAGGGUGUGCCGUUUCAAUUUAAGAGUCUUAUUUCUGCUUAUAUAGCUGGGAACCUGUUACAGGGGUAGCGAGAAAUACAUUUGAGGAAGAGAAAAGUCAUGGCUCUUAAAGUUGUCCUAUUGUUCUGGCAAUAUCCAUACCUUUUAAAAAAAUUGUUAUAAGACCCAUAGAAAAAGAAGCCGUGCGAGAUCUAAUAAUAUCAUUUAAAAAAUCCUUCCAGUAGCACCUUAGAGACCAACUAAGUUUGUCAUUGGUAUGAGCUUUCGUCUGAAGUAUCUGAAGAAGUGUGCAUGCACACGAAGGCUCAUACCAAUGACAAACUUAGUUGGUCUCUAAGGUGCUACUGGAAGGAGUUUUUUUAUUUUGUUUUGACUACGGCAGACCAACAAGCUACCUACCUGUAACUAAUAAUAUCAUGUGCAUGUCUGCCAUUAAAAAUUAGCAAGAAAGUCAAAACUUCAAGAACGACAUCACUUGUCAAAAUGUAAAACACAUUUUAGGUUUGUUCAUAGUUGCUUAGUGGGCCAUAUAAAGGUGUGUUAUUUCCACUAUUUUACACUUAGGAAGGGAAGUAAACGAUAAAAUACAUAGUACAUUGAGACAUUCUUGGUGCUUGUGAUACCCAAUAUAGAAUUAUAAUAUGCAAAAUUCAGCUGAGCCCACCAGUAUAUCAGCUUUUCGAUGCGAGAUGUAGGGCACAUACCAGACAAAGCUCUUGGCUUCUGAAUAAGCAAAACUGACAAUCCUCACAACUUCAGACAAGUCAAAAGAGAACUGGAUAACUAGUCUCCAGUACAAGAUUUCAGUUGAAUUCUCGGCUCAACGUAGACAAUUUUAAAGAAAGUUUGACCACAAGAGACCAGUAAAGACGGUGGCUGUUCCAGAUAUGGUAGGAAUAUGUUUGACCGCUGUUUUUAAAAAAUCCCCACAUCACAGGCACUCACCCCAGGCAUGAUGUAAAAUAGUUGAUUGCCCACUAUUUGAAGUUGAAAAAUAGAAUGAACUUGUAAUUAAGAGGUGAAAAGCAGUGCAUGUGUCUGAGAGUGGAUCUUAGAGCAUACAAAAUGGUUCCAUUGAUUUAUUUAUUUUCAUUGGCUUUGCUACAUUGAAAAAGUAGCAAGUGCACAGAAAGAAUUCUGUGCAACUUGGAAACUUACUGCUCUUUCAACUACUGUAGAACAUCUACUUACGACUGCCUCUACUUGGGUCCGAUCCAAGUCGCGACCGCAGCAAACCCAGAAGUAAAUACCGGGUUUGCCACAAUUCGCACACGUGCAAAAGCGGCUUCUGCCGUUUGCACAUGCACAGAAGUGGCUAAAGGACAGGCCGCCGCAAUGGAUUAUGGUGGUAAGUACAGGUUCCACUGUACAGACUAGCUUCUAUAAGGUUCUCAUCGGGAUCUGCCUGGGCAAAAUGCUAGCAUGCACAAACUUUGGAUCAGUUUAUGGCUCAAAUGAAUAGUAUUUUAUGUAUCUGAUUUGGUGUUUGGACCCAUCCCUUUGCCACCUGCUUGCCUUCCUUUCUUGAGGAAUAGGAUUACUGGUUUUUCUGUCUUUCCCCCAAACAUGAGACUUGCCUGUUCUUCAUUCAUGUAUCCAUACAGUGCAUUUUGGGGACGUGUCCUAUCACAAGAGUUCAGGAGCCUGUUCAGAAGACACAAAGUGCUGUAGCAUGCAAGUAAAUGGUGUACUUGAGAAACAACCCUUAUCUUGGCAGGGAUUGGCUUUUCUGCUAUGUGCUUUCUAGCACAUCUUAUACCCGAGAGCAGCAGCUGCAUUGCCACAAAAUUGUCCCCGAAGCUGGCAAAUUUUCAGCUGUAGUGUGGUGGGUGCAGCAGAAAUCCCAGUCACACAUGUCCAAGGAGUUUUCUGGACUCAUUUGCCCAAGGGGCCUAUGCUUGUUUCUGAACCCAGUGAUAUCAGUUGCCAUUUGAAGUAGAAGAUCAUGGACGGCGUUAGUCCUGCUCAGAGUAGGCCUAUUGAAUUUAAUGGAUGUGGGUAACUUAGGCUCAUUAAUUUCAACAGGUCUCUCCUGAGUAAAACUUAUGCUGGCUACAACCCAGUUUUGUUUCUUUCUUGAAUGACUUGAUCCAUGACAAAGAACUUGCGAGGUCUAUGUUGGUUGUAGAAAGGGAGGCUAGGUGGUUUUUUUUGUUUUUUUGCAGGUUGCUUAUAUGUCAUUCAUAUUCUGACUUUCAUUGUAGGCAUAAAAGUAAGUGGAGAGAAAAGCACACAGCUUACUGACCAGUCCCUGACAAUAGGAUGGUUGUUACUCACAUGCAACAUGAAUGUCACAGCACCUUUUGUCUUCUGAAUGGGCAUUUCACAAUACUCCGUUUCCCAAACACUUUGUGGACCUACUACCUGCAGUCUAUCAUUGUUCUACUGUUUAGGAAGGCAAGUGGGUGGUGAAAGAAUGACCCCACCGAUCAACACGACCCCUUCCUUUUCAAAACAAUAAUUUUAUUGUAUCUAAAGCAUCUAAAAUCAACUAAGUUGUUUGCCUAAUGCACAGUGGGUUUGUAUGAUUUAUGGUCAAUGUUUGUGGGUGUCCAACACCCUGAGUUUUGUGGUUCCAAUGAGCUUGACUAGGACUGGCAUUUCCAAGACUCUGCUGACAAAUCUCAAAGGGAUGGGUUUCUUCAGGACUUGUACAUCCCCUCAGCCCAGCCCCUGCCCAGCUUCAGUAGGUCUGUCCACUCCAACCUUCUGACCCCCUGUUGGGCUUCCUAAUGGUGAGAAUAGUCUGACUGCAUGACCUGGAUUAGGGUUUUUUGGUUGUUGGGUUUUUUUUUGCAAUCUUGAACAGUGGGUAUUAAACUGUGCUGGAUUCUUUUUUAAAUGACCAAAACCUUCCUCAAAAUAUCUGUUUUACUUGUAUUACUUGUAUGGUGCUGAAGUAGGAGUGGGGAAACAGAUGUGCCAUGAAAUGUCAAAGACAAUGACUACUAUUUUUUUGUCCUACAGGUAUUUGGGGAAAUCUUGCCAUUUUACAGAUUUAUGUUCAAAGAGUUGACUGUCCUUGCUCAGACAAAAUGCCUUCUUCUAAAACAAGAAAAGUGAGAUGUGCUCACUUAAGCACUGGGGACUGGCCUCUUCCCACAAAAUGGGACAGAUGGAGAAAGGUCGCUUGCUUUCAGUGCCUCGUCUCUCAAUCAAUCCUUGUGCUGAGCCAGUCGAUUAAGCCUUAAAAGUUCCAUGCAGGGCUCCCUUGUAGGCCAGCUUUGUCCAAAUAGAAGACAGUUCCCAACACAAUUUUCUUCCUAGCAGAGACAUUUCUACCCAACCAGUCUCCAGCCUAUGCCUUCUGGCAGCCAGGCUUUCUUUCUGUUCCAACUGAGUUCAGAUCCUGCAACAUUGCAGAAACGAAGUAGGGUGGGAAGGGAGCAUUGUUGAGGACUUGAUAGGUCUGCAAAUGCAUGACUUCAUGGAUCUCAAGUUACUUAAGCUUGGUCUAAGUUUACUCAUGGUUAGUUUUUACUUCCCACCUAUCUCUUCCUACUCCCACCUGGAAAUGGGUGCUCUCUGGCAGCUGCUGACAACACUCCCUUCAUUUUGGUUGUCUACAAGCUACAGUUUGCAUAUGAUGCUAGCGUCUUUGCUGAACCGAGGGACAGUGCUCUAGACCUGGCAUCGGCUCUUUCUUGUAACACACACUCUUUACCUGCUUGCAAUAAAGAACGUGAUGUCAAAGCA